AUGCUGCCGCGACAGCGCGUCCUGCGCAUGCCCUCGCCGAGGCAUUCGGUUCUCCUCUCUACAGCUUCCAGACGAACAAGCAUCUGCUCGGUAAGAGCUUCGUUACGACAGGGCCAACACAUCACGCCGCGGCUGCAGGGCUUCUCGAGGGACAGCUUUUCGUCGUCGCUUUCGCCAUUCUCCACGCAUGCCGCUUUAGGGAAACAGCAAAAGGGUUCGGGCUUCUUUGACGGCAUCGAGCCGUUAACGGAGGAGGAAAAAAAGGCGAAUCAGGAGAACCAGGAAAAGGAAGCGGCGGCUGAGGAGAAGGAGGAGAAGGAUGUUGAAAAGGCAAAGCCUUCUUCUAGCUCCGAGGCGAAGACGAAAGAGGGCGGCGGCCAGGGAAUACCCGAGUCGCCGGAGAACAAGGGGAGUGCUGCCGCCGGGAGUGCCGCCUCGGGGUCAUCGGGGGAGGGGUCAGGAGGGGAUGGGGGGAAGAGGGGACGGAAGCCGGGUGACAAGGCGCUUGCGAAGCCUGUCGUGCCUGAGGUUUACCCUCAGGUGAUGGCUAUCCCGAUUGCGAAGAGGCCGUUGUUCCCCGGGUUUUACAAGGCGAUCACUAUCAAGGAUCCCAAUGUUGCCGCCGCCAUCACCGAGAUGAUCAAGCGUGGUCAACCAUAUGUCGGUGCGUUCCUGUUCAAGGACGAGAAUGCGGAUGACGAUGUUAUCCGAAGUGCCGACGAGGUCCACGACGUCGGCGUGUUUGCUCAGAUUACCAGCGCUUUUCCUAUGACGGGCCAAGGUGGUGAGGGAACAAGUCUCACUGCGAUUCUUUACCCUCACCGUAGAAUCAAGCUUUCUGAGUUGAUUCCUCCGGGAGCUGCGGAUGCCGCUGGAAAGACCCCGGCGGCUACGGAACCCACACCAGAACCGAUACCCAAGGCUACAGAUGAGUCUGCCCAGAAGGGCGAUGUUGUCGCGAGCUUUGAGGAGAGCGCCGUUGUACCGCCACCAAAAUCAGACGUUACGCAGAAGCAAUAUGAGCCAACAUCCUUCCUCAAGAAGUAUCCCGUCAGUCUGGUUAACGUUGAGAACCUUACCGAAGAGCCUUACGACCCCAAGAGCCAGGUGAUCCGGGCCGUUACUAACGAGAUCGUCAAUGUCUUCAAGGAGGUCGCUAGCAUGAACUCUUUGUUUAGAGAUCAGAUUUCAACCUUCUCCAUGAGCCAGUCUACCGGCAAUGUCAUGUCUGAGCCGGCCAAGCUUGCCGACUUUGCCGCAGCGGUGUCGGCUGGUGAUCCCAAUGAGCUUCAGGAGGUUCUGUCGAGCUUGAACGUCGAGGACAGGAUGCACAAGGCUCUUCUUGUGCUCAAAAAGGAGCACGUCAACGCUCAGCUUCAGUCCAAGAUCACCAAGGAUGUGGAGAACAAGAUCACCAAACGUCAGCGGGAGUACUGGUUGACGGAGCAGAUGAAAGGCAUCAAGCGUGAGCUUGGGCUGGAAUCAGACGGCAAGGACAAGCUGGUGGAGAAGUUCAAGGAGAAGGCCGACAAGCUGGCCAUGCCGGAAGCUGUGCGCAAGGUGUUUGAUGAUGAGCUGAACAAGCUUGCGCACCUGGAGCCGGCGGCGUCAGAGUUCAACGUCACUCGCAACUACCUCGACUGGCUUACGCAGAUCCCAUGGGGUCUGCGCAGCGCCGAGAACUUUGGCAUCCAGCACGCCAUGACUGUUUUGGACGAGGAUCACUACGGUCUCAAGGACGUCAAGGACCGCAUUCUCGAGUUUAUCGCCGUCGGGAAGCUGCGCGGGACUGUCGAGGGCAAGAUCCUCUGCUUUGUUGGUCCGCCAGGUGUGGGCAAGACCAGUAUUGGCAAAUCGAUUGCUCGCGCGCUCAACCGGCAAUACUACCGCUUCAGCGUAGGUGGUCUUGCCGAUGUUGCUGAAAUCAAGGGUCACAGGAGGACGUACGUCGGUGCGUUGCCCGGCCGCGUCAUUCAGGCGUUGAAGAAGUGCAAGACGGAGAACCCCCUGAUUCUCAUUGACGAAAUCGACAAGAUUGGUCGUGGAUACCAGGGCGACCCAUCGUCUGCUCUUCUUGAGUUGCUUGAUCCCGAGCAGAACAGCUCUUUCCUCGAUCACUACCUCGAUGUCCCGGUGGAUUUGUCUAGGGUCUUGUUUGUCUGCACCGCCAACAUGACGGAUACGAUUCCCAGGCCGCUGCUGGACCGCAUGGAGGUGAUCAGACUGAGCGGGUAUGUGUCUGAUGAGAAGAUGGCGAUUGCAGAGAGGUAUCUUGCUCCUCAGGCGCAGGAGCUGGCUGGGUUGAAGGGGGUGGAUGUGGAGCUUACCAAAGAUGCUAUCGAGGAGCUGAUCAAGUCUUACUGCCGGGAGGCGGGUGUCCGCAACCUCAAGAAGCAGAUUGAGAAGGUUUAUCGCAAGAGCGCGCUGAAGAUUGUGCAGGAGCUUGGGGAGGAGGUGCUGCCUGAGGAAGAGGCGCUGACGGACGAGGGCAAGGUUGCGAAGGAGGAGUCGGCGAAGGAGGAGACUGAGCAAUCGGAGGAGCCGGCCACUGCCAACACGGAGGCGACGGAGAAGGAGACUACCGAGGUGCCGAGGGUGGCCCUCAAGGUCCCCGAGAGCGUCCACGUCACCAUCGACAAGGACAACCUCAAGGACUACGUCGGCCCCCCUGUUUUUACGUCUGACCGUCUUUAUGAUAUCACCCCCCCGGGAGUAACCAUGGGUUUGGCGUGGACGCAACUCGGCGGCGCGGCCAUGUACGUCGAGGCGAUUCUCCAGUCGGCCCUCAAGCCGGCCUCGCGGCCGUCGCUUGAGAUUACGGGCAACCUCAAGACUGUGAUGAAGGAGAGCUCUGCCAUUGCGUACAGCUUUGCCAAGUCGUACAUGGCGAACAAUUUUCCCAAGAAUGACUUUUUGGACCACGCCAAGAUUCAUGUGCAUGUGCCUGAGGGGGCGGUGCAGAAGGAUGGGCCGUCGGCGGGGAUCACGAUGGCGACGAGCCUGUUGAGUCUGGCGCUGGACAGGCAGGUUGAUCCGGCGGUGGCGAUGACGGGGGAGUUGACGCUGACGGGGAAGGUGCUGAGGAUUGGGGGGUUGAGGGAGAAGACUGUGGCGGCGAGGAGGGCGGGGUGCAAGAUGGUUUUGUUUCCGAGGGAUAAUGAGAGUGAUUGGUUGGAGUUGCCUGAGAAUAUCAAGGAGGGAAUCGAAGGCAGGCCGGUGAGUUGGUAUUCGGAGGUUUUUGACCUUAUUUUCCCUGAUCUGGACAAGGAGAAGGCGAAUAAGAGUAGGGUGGUGGUGGCUGAGAACAAGGAGAAGAAGGAGGAGGAGAAGAAGGAUGGGGAGGAGAGUGAUUAG